AUGGCCACCCAACCACCCAAACCCCGCAACCUCCUAAUCUUCGGCCUCGCCCCCUCCCCCGACCCCAACACACCCUGGCCCGCCACUCGCCUCAACGCCGCACUCGAAGCCCAGCAAUCUCUGGCCAAAUCCUCUCAUUGGUCUCUCACAGUGCACACCGUCGACCCAUCUGUUCCAACACAGACCAGCAUCGCUCAGAUCCAGGAGGUCCUGCGUAGCAAACCGCACUGGGAUGUGGUUGGUAUUGGGUUUGGGUUGAGAGGGAAUCUGGGGUUGACGGGGUGGUUUGAGCGUUUGGUGAAUGUGGUCGUCAGGGAAGUCGGCGCGAAGGGGACGUUAUUGGGGUUUCCGACGAGUCCGGAUCGGUUGGUGCAGGAUUCGGAGGAGUUGGUUGCGAGGGAAGCGGCGGAGAGGGGCGGUGGUGAGACUUGA